AUGGCGAGUCAACAGUUUACCAAAGAACUCAAGGAGGCACUGCUCUGCCCCAUCUGUAUUGAUAUUCUGCAGGACCCUGUCACUCUGGACUGUGGGCACAAUUUCUGCCUCAGAUGCAUCUCUCAGGUUGCAGAAGAAGCAUCAAGCAAAUUUUGCAAAUGUCCCCUCUGUGGCAAAUCUGUGAGGAAGAACUACGAGCCCAACUGGCUGUUGGUAAAUCUGGUGGAGAAAGUCCAAGCUAUGGAUCCCUCUGAGAUGCCAACAGAAAAGGAAAAAGACAGAUGCGAGAAACAUGAGGAGAAACUCCAUUACUUCUGUGAUCUUGAUGGGAAGCUCCUUUGUAUGCUGUGUCGAGAAUCCAAGGAGCACAAAUCCCACAAUGUACUUUUAAUAGAAGAGGCUGCCCCAAGAUAUCAGGAGAAGCUGCAAUCGCAAGUUGAGGUCUUGAAGCAAAAGGAGAUGGUGAUAAAACAAGCAAAACGACAAGGUGAACAGAAGAUCAACGACUUCAUGGCCAAGGUGGAACUUGAGAAGCAAAAGAUCACCAGAGAAUUCCAGCAGCUGUAUCAGACCCUACAGGAAGAGGAGAAUUUCCUCCUGUCAAGGAUAAACUGGCUGGCUCAGGAGGGAGCAAGCGGGAAGAAUGUCUAUGUCACUGCCUCUGAGACUCAGCUGAACUCUCUCAAGUUGCAGAUUGAUUCCCUGAUGGAGAGGCAGCAUUUCACACACAAAGAGAUGCUCAAGAACAUCAAAGUUAUCCUGUGCAGGAGUGAAGGAUUUCCCUUUCUCAGUCCAACCCCUGUUCCUUCUCACCUGGAGAGAAAACUCAGUGAUGCACAAUCAAGACAUAAAAACCUGGCAAGUUACCUGAAGAGAUUCAAAGAACAUCUCAAGAAUGAAGGGGAGAAAGAUAGAAGCAAAUUUUUGAAAGGCAUGAGUGACAAGGACAUAACAAAAUACAUAGAUGGCCAGUCAGAGACUAAUACUCCUAAAACAAACCAAACCUCAGAGCCUGAGUCACCCUCUCCAGUUCAGGGUCCUGAUACUCAGUCUUUGGGGGUUCCUGUGUCAUGUUCCAGCGAGGGGACCUCGGAUUCUCCAGUUCCCAUGACCUUUGAUGAAGUCACAGCCCACCCAGAACUCAUCAUUUCUCCGGAUCUGAAGACAGCGACGCUGGAUUUCAUCCAACAGGAGAGCUCAGAUGAGCCCACAGACCCUGAAUGCUUCUACCCAUUCCGCUGCGUGCUGGGCUUUCCAGGGCUCUCCAGAGGCCGCCACACCUGGGAGACACAGCUGGAUGGGCGGGGCGGGGCCUGCAUGGUGGGCGUGGCCUUGGGACAAGCUGCCAAGGGUUUUCUGGUGAUAGACCCCUUGACCGGCUUUUGGGUGCUUAGAAUAACAGGCUCCGAGUGCCAGGCGCCUGAGGCUGGCGCCCGGGAGGACCUCCCCGCCUGUCCGAGGAAAGUGGGCAUCUGCGUGGAUUUUGAGUGCGGGGAGGUCGUCUUCUACGACGCCGUCACGAACACGCACAUCUACACCUUCCACACCUUUCCCGGACAGGUCUUCCCCUUUUAUCGGCUUCUGUUUCCAGGCACACGGAUCACCCUGAACCCCUGAAGCUGUUCCUUUGCCUUGCCCUCCUUUUCCUCCGCAUUAACUCCUGGC